GGCAAAGGCAAGCUCGUGGACAUCCUCGCCCAGGACGUCCAGCUCUGCGCCCGCUUCAACGGCGGUGCCAACGCAGGCGCCGCCGCGGACCGUGGUGCGCCGAGCUUCCGGCGCCUGCGCCGAUGGUGCUGCCUGGAAGCCGUCACGAGCCUGCCCCUCCAGAUCCGACUGGAUGCAGAUAUCGCCGACAGCACUGCGCUCAUUCUGUCCCACGCCGAGGUCGUUGCAGCGCUGCCCAGCAAGAGGCUUUAUUGGGAGAGCCCGCUGACGGCCAGAAUUCAAUCUAUACUGAGUGCUGCCCGUCGCCAUAACCUCGAGCCUUCAGAAGUUGCCAGAGGAUUAUUGAUUGAGGGCCUCGGCGGCGCUGUGCGCGCCAGCCUUGCAUCGCAGGCCGCGUCCCUGAACACCUCCGAGUGGGCCUUCAAGAGCAGGAUGGGGAGAGCGGCUGCUUGGGCGUGGCUCCUGGACCGUUGGCAUAGACACCAUAUCGUCAAACUGAUUGCACUUCGCGCUCGCUCGCGCGGUGCGCACAUCGAGCUGAUCCAAGCGUGUGACCACGUAUCGUAUGACGAGACGCCCUUGGAGCUCCAGAGUAUGAGCGAGCAUCGCGAGGUAUCGCGAGGCGCCCCUUCUGCACUUCCCCCCGCCGCGGGUUCCGAAGUCGCGACUAUGACAUCUCGGGCCCUAGCUGUGGCGUUGCUGAGGGGGGCGUUCCGCGGAUUCAAGCCUAAGACGAUCACGAAGCUCUUCGCCACCAAGGCUCGGUAUUGCCACCUCGUCAGGCUCACGAUGAAUGGACAGAUGCGCUACGUCUACCUCGUCGGCGACGUGGUAUGCCAGGUUCAGCCGUUGGCGAGCACUUCGGCUGCAUGCCAGGCACUUGCAUUGAUGGAGUCUGGGUCGGCUUCCCUGUCGGAGAGCACGUUCAGCCACAAAGUGAGGAUCACGGACGCGGACGGCCACAGGUCGAACAGAGCUGGAGAACGCAUAUUGGACCGUAAGCGUGAGCCUGGAUGGGUUCGUCUUUUCUACCAGUGCCAAGCUCACUCUAUAGUGCGGGCACACAACAUUGCCAUGAAGCACGUCGACGUUGGCAUCAAGGGGGUGAUCCACCUAUCGCUGUGCUUCAGAGUAGCGGGGAGCAAGCAUUCCUUUAACACUCAUCUUUGGAAGGAGGUCCACCGCCGACUCAGGGUCCGAGAAGGCAGCCCAUCAAAUGACGACGUUAUCUACAACCAUGUCGUGCUCAAGUCGUUCGUUUCUGGAGACGGCCAGAAGACCCGCAGGCGCGUGUUAUUCACUCUCUUGCCCAGCAGCUCCAUGGCCGACACGCGCGAGAUCACCAUAUGGGUUGAUUCUGCAGCUGGCCUGGACGAAGACGUCUUGAAAACAUCGGUUGCAGAUUCAAUGGUAGACGCAUUGAUGCCGCGUGCCCUGAGAGUGCUGAUCAGGAGCAAGUGGGGCACCAGUGAGUCGGCGAUCUGCGACGCGGGCCUCAUCGAGAUGCGUCAUGGGCUUUUGGGCCCAGCAUUCACGUCAUGGUGCAGGUCGUUCGGAAGGGGGCGGUCGAAGCAGCAUGCGUUGGCGGCCCUGGUUGACGGUCGCGUGGACGACGUUGGCGCCGGCGAGUGCGAGGACGACGAUAUGGGCGCCCACGAGGGCGCGGGUGGCGAUGCGGAGGCCGCUGGCGUUGGCAGCCGCCGAGAGAGGCUCAACAAGCAUAUGGCGUUCGCGAUGGAUUUCAUGUCUAAUAAACGCCCAGUCCCCCACACAUUCUUCGUUCUCGCCAGCAACAUCUUGAGGCCCUUGCAGGCGAUGCUGCGGAAACAUUGUUAUUUGACGUCGAAGGAGUUCGAGAAAAAGGAACGAGUACAUGCUGCCAAGCGCACCGCAGAGGGGACAGUCGGCAUUAACAGAUCGUUCCCUGUCACGGUUCUUGCCGACGGCGUCUUGGAGACCAGGUGCUUCGAGAAGAUGAUGCUGCUACUGUUCACCCCAGCGGCCUGGCACUUGAUCAGGCCAGAGGAAGUCAAGAACAGAAACACGUCGCUCGCCUUCAUCAUGAUAUCCGACGCUCUCGCCACCAUAACCCAGGAGGUUGCAUUGGUGAACCAAGGGUUUCCCACGCGACUGUUUCAGCUCUUCCAGCAGCCCGAGCUGGGGCCAACGAUGGAGGCCGCCCCCGACUGCAUGAAGGACGCGUUCACGAAGGAGCUGCAAUCAUCAUGUCGGUUGGGGGGCGAGGAGUGUUUGAUGCGCUUGGCGGCUAUGGCCAUGCUGAUCCAAGGCAACACCGUCCCCAACGAGGUCUUCAACGCCCAGAUGCGGAAGAUCGUCAAGUCUAGAACGCAGUGCCCCCAGUUCAAGGCGGUUGACCUGUCGACAGCUUGCGUGGGCGUGCACAGCCGCGCCAAAACUGAGGAUGUCACCCGCCCACGUCACGGGCCAGUUCACGAGCCGCGUGCUGGCGGAGGUUCUGGGGCACAUGCAGCUGAGCGCCGAAGGUACCAGCACGAGCAUCAUACAGGCGCUUGGGGCGUUUUUCAACAUGAGCAGGGCAUCAAUGACAUGAGGGAGGUGUCGGCGCGGUACCGCGCGUUGCCCCCUGCUGAGCGGGCGCGCCUGGCGGAGGAAGGUCGGAGAGCUGCCGCGAGGGCCCGUGACGGCUCCCGCGCCCUCCCGCCAACCCAGCGGCAAGUGGGCAUGCAUCGCAACGCCAGGCUUGCGACUACAGCCAUUGAGAGGUUUGCUGGCCGUGACCCCGAUGACACAGUCGACUUCCUGAUCCGUGAGUGCGGGGCUUCAGGAACGAGCUUGAAGGAUACCUUGUCCACGGUAGCGUCUUAUCGGAGGGGCUUGGCUCGCCAUCAGCGCCUCCAGGAAGAAGCAGACAAUCAACUUCUCGAGUUGUAUCGGGAUGAUGAGUCGAGAAGGGUCGUCCCCGAGCUGGUGCAUGCGAUCCCAUCGCUGGGGCCCGUGAGCGGGGUUCUCAGGUGUUUGCCGCCUGUUCUUGGAGCAGCCGUGGUUGAGCGAGACGCGUCGAGCUCCGCUGACGACGUUGCCUUGCUCGAGGAGGCGGCCCACGGAAUGUCCGUCACGCAUCAGUCCAAUGUGCAGCAGGCCGCUGAGAUGAUGUGGAACCACAUGCACCGAUUGCUACCUGACGAUCCUGAACUGUCAUCCCUUGGUGAUGCCGCUGAUGACCCAGCAGAGCAGUUCAAGGACGGAGAGUGCCUGCGCUACGGCAUGUGCGUGUGCGGUGCGGUGCACGACGGCUUGCGAGCGUUGCGCCGCAAGGUGUUCCAGGCUACGAAGAUGACGUUCAGCAAGGCCAGCCCGCAGACGAGAGGGCUCCUGGUUUGCCGCAGGGCCAUCGCCCGCUUCAUCUGGCUGGCGGACGAUAGCGACGAGGACGAACUCAUGAAUGAUCUUGGUUUGGAGCCACUCUAUUGGCAUUUGUCGGGCGUGAAGUUUUCGCCGUACGAGCUCAUGAUGCAGCCCAUGACGCCCGCGUCGCCUGCUGAGCGGCACGACGCGUGCGCUACGGACGACGAGCACUGCUUGAAGGGUUGUGGGCUGAGCCCGCCGACGUUCAUCGCGCUGGCCUCCGUCCCGCUGCAGCUGAGGAUCAUGCUUGAUUUUCUGAUUGUGGAGGUCCACGACCGCGAGCGGCUGGCCUUCGUUCCAGCGGUUGUGAUUGCAGAGGAGCUCGCAGGGGCCGCGGUGGGCGCGCAGGCGUGGCGCCUGGACGAGGACGUGGUCGAGGCCGUAUCCCCCUUCUUCUCCAAACACCCACCCACUGGAGAUGACGAGGAGUAG